GAACGUUUUAUCUCUUCCUGUCUCAUCAGAGAGAGGAAAAAAGCAGAACGCAGCAGCAGAACAAUAGAAUUAUGGCGAUGGCGCUCCGGAGCUCCUGCCUCUUCGGCCGGAGACCUCCGCCGUCGGACCGCUUCUCCAUCGGAACCCGUCUUCCAGGAAAGCUAGCUUUACCACUAGACAAAUCCAAGAAGUUCAUAUCAGCCUUUGGAGAUGCUUCAAGUGGAUCAUUGGAAAUUCAAAACCUCCCACUGAUGGGCAAAGGAAAACUUCUUUCACAUCAUUAUGGGGCUGUUUUGAAACAGUUAUCAGCUCAUCAGGUACGAUGGGAAAGCUAGACUUCAGAUUCCCAGCAAAAGUUCUCCUCACUUGUAAUGCCUUGAUGCUCGCAACACCGUUUCAAGCUUUAGCAGAAACAUGUGAAGCCGAAAGUUCAUUUUUCAACAUGCCCAUACUGCUUCUGGUAGCCCUUAUAGGAGCCACUGUUGGAGGGUUACUUGCAAGACAAAGAAGAGGCGAACUACAGAAAGUGAAUGAGCAGCUUCGCCAGAUAAAUGCAGCCCUGAGGAGGCAGGCUAAAAUAGAGUCUUAUGCUCCCACCUUGAGUUAUGCUCCCGUAGGCAGUAGAUUCGUGGAGAAUGAAGUAAUUGUUGACCCGAGGAGGGAAGAAAUGAUUGCCCGCCUCAAGGCAGGGAAGAGUUUCUUGAGGAACCAAGACCCAGAGAAAGCUUUUGGAGAAUUCAAGGCAGGUUUGGAACUUGCCCAAGCUCUCAACGAUCCUAUUGAGGAGAAGAAAGCUGCUAGAGGUUUAGGAGCAUCACUUCAAAGGCAAGGGAAGUAUCGAGAAGCCAUCAAAUACUUCAAUAUGGUCCUGAAGAUUUCCGAGAGGGAAGGGGAAGACUCGGGGAAUACGGAGGCUUAUGGGGCGAUUGCAGAUUGCUAUACUGAGCUAGGAGAUCUAGAACGUGCAGGGAAGUUUUACGACAAUUACAUAGCAAGGUUGGAAUCGGAUUGAUUGGUGUGGCUGGGGAAUGAUGUCCAAUUUUUUUUUAUCUUUUUGCUGAAUGAUGUCUAUUUUUAACUAAUAAAGUCGUAAGUUAGCUGAGAUGAUCUAAUUUUGAAACCAAGGCACAUUAAGGGGCUGACCCGGUUAAGAGUUUCAUACAAUGAGAUUUUUUUUUCCUUAAGGCUUA